CUCGCCCGGCUGCGCUGCGGGAGCCAGUCCGCCCCUGCUGGAAGUCGCUCCCAGAGCCCGGGAUCCUGCCAUUGCUUGACACACACACCCGCCAUGCUGCGCCUCCUGCUCCUGGCCGUGGCCCUGGCCUGCCGCCCUGCCCGGGGGGGCAUCUCCUGCUACGACGACGCCGGGCAGCCCGUGGACUGGUUUAUUGUCUACAAACUGCCCAAAUCCCAUCACCACACCCCGGCAGAAGGCAAGCGCUACAUGUACCAAGAUCAGCACACGCAGGGCUGGGUGGAAGGCAGGAGUCUCAUGGACAGAACCGAGGGAGCCGUGGGCCGGACUCUGCAACAGCUGUACGUGGAAGCCACACGGAGGCAGGAGGAAACGGCCUACGUCCUCUACAACGAUGAGCCCCCGGGAGAGUUGUCUUCCAGCAAAGGGCACACCAAAGGAGUCAUCCUUCUGGAUACUACUCAGGGUUUCUGGAUGCUCCACAGCACUCCGCACUUCCCGGACCUCCAGACGAACUAUAGCUGGCCUCGAAGCGCCCUGCUCAAUGGGCAGAGCUUCCUGUGUGUGACUUUCCCCUACAGUCAGUUCAAAGAGAUCGGGAGACAGCUGCUCUUCACAGACCCUCUGGUGUACGACUACCGGGUGGAAGGGACCUUUGCCCAAGACCUGCCCGCCUUGCUGAACGCUUCCAAGGGGUGCCACGUCCAGCAGGAGCCCUGGAACUCCAGUGUCACUUUGACGUCGUUGGAGGGGAAGGAGUUUGUCAGCUUUGCCAAGUUUGGUCGCUUUGGGGAUGAUCUGUACUCCGGCUGGCUGGCCCAGGCCCUCGCGAGCGAUCUCUACGUCGAGUUCUGGCAGAGGUCCCACGGGAUCCUGCCCUCCAACUGCUCGGGGCCCUUCCGUGUCUACAACGUGGAGGCCGUGGCCUUCCAGGAGCCGGGACCCGCCUUCUCCACCAUGGUGGACCACUCCAAGUGGUGCGUGGCGACCGAGAGCGAUCCCGGCUGGGCCUGCGUCGGAGACAUGAACCGCAACCACGCGGAGGAGUGGCGGGGGGGAGGCACCCUGUGCGUCAGGGACCCCGCGGUCUGGAAGGCCUUCCACUCCUUGGUGCAGAAGUACGCAGACUGCAAAGGGGCAGGGGAGGCCCCGCAGGACGGGUAGCGGAUUGCGGGCCGGCCUCCUCGGGCGGACCCCUCCUCUGCUUUGUUGCCCCCCCCUCUAGACACCGAGGAAAUGAAAACGGGGCGCUGCUUCUCUCUUCCACCACUGGACAAACACUGCCUCCCCUCCCCUUUUAAUGCCGGACUGGGAUAAGUGAAUUAACUGUGGAUGACGUGCUGAUGGUUCUCAUGGUGGGGAUGUUUUGGCCGUCCCUCAAUGACACCUGUACAGGAGUGAACUCCACUGGCUUCCGGACACCUGUGGAGCUGCCUUCUGCCGCGUCCGGCCAUCGGCUGUCUUCCCUGACGGGCAGCGGCUCUCCAGGGUCUCGGGCAGAGAGGUCUUCAGCACCCCCUGACCCCUUUAACGGGAGACGCCAGAGGUGGGACCUGGGACCUCCUGCGUGCCAGGCGGAUGGGCUACCUCUGAGCCACGGCCCCCUGCUGUCUUUAUUGCUGGGAAUCAGUGGUGGUGUGAGAAAGAGUAAACAUUUGUA